UGACAGUAUGUUUGUUUUGUUUACAAUAUCUUUGUGUUUUAUUUAUUUUAGCAACUUUUUACUAAAGUUGAAGGAAGAUAAUAAAAAUAGUAUUACGAAUAAUUUAGAUAAUGCCUCCACCAGGUCCACCAUCAGUGUUCUCUAUCAUUCAUAGAAAAGAAAAUGCUCAUGAAGAUCCUAUUUAUUGUUGCGCCUGGGCUAAAACAGCAGCAACUGAGAGUGAAGCAUCAAAAGAGUUCAUAGUAACUGGAGGCUUGGACUGCCUUGUCAAAGUAUGGCGGAUACUGAGCGACAAGCUGGAGUUGCUGCAUGUUCUAGAAGGACACACCAUGAGCAUAGUGUCUGUUGCAGUCAGCCCAGAUGGACACACAUUAGCCAGCACAUCCCUGGAUGCCACCAUGAUGAUCUGGGAGCUGGAGUCGGGCAUGCUGGUGCACACAAUGCAGACUGACGCUGUAGAUGUGUGGAAUGUCACAUUCUCACCUGACGGCAAGUAUGUGGCCACGGGGAGCCAUACUGGCAACAUUGUCAUUUAUGGAAUUGAGAAGGGCAAGAAAGAAUGUGUGCUUGAUACUAGGGGAAAGUUUACUUGCUGUGUGGAUUGGAGUGCAGACGGUGAGUACAUGGCGAGCGGCUCAGUGGACGGCGUGGUGUGCAUCCUGGAUGUGGCGCAGGGCAAGGUCGUCCACUCGGUGGAGGCGCACAAGUCCAGUGUGAGGAGCGUGUGCUUCUCGCCCAGCUGUAAGAUGCUGCUGACUGCUGGCAAUGACGGGACUCUGAAAGUUUAUAGUGUAGCAAGCGGAAGCCUGCAGACCACCCUGACAGGGCACGCGAGCUGGGUAAUGCAGGGGGUGUACUCCCGCGACGGCAAGCUAAUAGCGUCGGCCGGCGCUGACGGGUCCGUCAGAGUAGUCACCUACGACGGACAGAGCUUCUACAACUUCUGUCAACACAACCUCAGUGAAGCGGCAACGGGAGUUAGCUUCAAUAAGGAGGGAAGUAAACUAGUUUCAGUUUCCAAAGACAGAAGUAUCAAUAUUUAUCAGUGCACAUAAGUAAAUAAAGAACCCUUACAAAAG